CUCUCUCUCACACCCCCCCCCACCCUCCCCAACCAACCACCACCACCCAACCCCCCUCUCAAGUCUUUGUUAGCCAUGCCUAGCCUGGUAGUACCAGGGAUAAUGGAAAGGAACGGGGGUUUCGGCGAUUUAGGCUGUUUCGGUGGGAGCGGCAAAGACAGAGCGCUGCUGGAGGAUGACCGGGCGCUGCAGCUCGCUUUGGACCAGCUCUGCCUGCUGGGGCUAGGCGAGCCUUCCUCCUCCUCCUCCUCGGCCGCCGUGGUGCUGGUGGAGGACAGCAACAACAACAACAAUAACCCGCAGCAGCAGCAGCAGCAGCAGCAGCAGCAGCCCCCGCCGCCGCCACCGCCGCCGCCGCCGCAGCAGCCGCCGCCGCCGCCUCCUCCUCCGCCGCCCCCGGCCCCGAAGGGUCCCCCGGUUCCCAGCGCCGGGGCGGCGGAGCCCAAGUUGUGCGCCCUCUACAAGGAGGCCGAGCUGAGGCUCAAAAGCAGCUCCAACACCACCGAGUGCGUGCCGGUGCCCAGCUCCGAACACGUGGCUGAGAUCGUGGGGAGGCAAGGCUGCAAGAUCAAAGCCCUGCGGGCAAAGACCAACACCUACAUCAAGACGCCGGUGAGAGGCGAGGAACCGGUCUUCAUGGUGACAGGGCGGCGGGAGGAUGUGGCCAUGGCUCGGCGGGAGAUCAUCUCCGCAGCCGAGCACUUCUCCAUGAUCAGGGCCUCCCGCAACAAAGCCGGGACCACCUUCGGCAGCGCUCCCACCUUGCCGGGGCAAGUCACCAUCCGGGUACGCGUGCCCUACCGCGUGGUGGGCUUGGUGGUGGGCCCCAAGGGCGCCACCAUUAAGCGGAUCCAGCAGCAGACCAACACCUACAUCAUCACGCCCAGUCGGGACCGGGACCCCGUCUUCGAAAUCACAGGUGCGCCGGGCAACGUGGAGCGUGCUCGGGAGGAGAUCGAGACCCACAUCGCGGUGAGGACGGGCAAGAUCCUGGAGUACAACAAUGAGAAUGACUUCCUCUCCAGCAGCCCCGAUUCCGGCAUGGAGAACCGCUACUCGGAGGCCUGGCGGGUCCAUACGCCGGCGCCGGGCUGCAAACCCCUCUCCACCUUUCGGCAGAACAGCCUGGGUUGCAUUGGCGACUGCUCCGUUGACCCCGUCUACGAGACACCCCGGCUGAAUGACCAAAACGACUUCAAUUAUGGUUACCUCUUCCCCAACUACGGCGUGAACAAGCAAGAUCUGUAUUACGGGGUGCCGGAAUCGGGCGCCCCGAUGUGGGCUGGGCAGGAGAACACCAACCCUGUCUCGGUGCUCUUCUCGAAACAGCAGCGUUCCAGCAGCACUGGUGCCAUCCACCCGAAUUCACAUCGCUCCCCAUCCUCCUCCAUCCAAGAGCCCAAUCUCUCUGGUCUCCCCAGGCGGUCCCAAGGAGAGCCGCUCCAAGGGUUUUCCAAGCUGGGGACGACUGCCGCUGCCCGGACGUCUGUCUCCAGCAGCCGCGAGUGCAUGGUGUGUUUCGAAAGCGAAGUUACGGCAGCGCUGGUGCCGUGCGGCCACAACCUCUUCUGCAUGGAGUGUGCCGUGAGGAUCUGCGAGAGGACUGAUCCGGAGUGCCCGGUUUGCCACGCUGCAGCCACUCAGGCCAUUAGAAUAUUUUCCUAAAGAGACAGAGCAGGGCAUUGGGGUGGGGUGGGGGGUAGGAAGGGAGCAUGGGGGGGUCCAGGAAAGAAAAGUGAUGAUAAUAAUAAUAAUAAUAAUAAUAAUGACAUCUGAAGAACAAACGAAUGAAAGAAUAAAUUAAUUUAAAGAAGAAGAAGAAGAAAAAAAAAAAGAAAUUAUUUUACAAGCAAUGUAUGUUAUUUUUUAAAAAAAAGUGAAUAAUAAAAUUAAAAUGAAUAGCAAAGCCAGAAAUUUUGAAGGGCGAACGAUGCUCCAGCCUGCGAUGUCUUUUUUAAAACAAGUACUCUGAACGCACACUCGGAUCUCGCAAGCAAAGCGGUUUAGUUCAGUUUUUUUUGGUGGUGAGAUUGGGACUUCUCUGCAUUGACCAAGCCAGGCCAUCUCGAUCGGACGGGGAAGGGAGCAGGGAUGCGGGGAGGGCCCUGCCAGCCUUUCUUCUCCAGCCAUGUUCAAUCUUCAUCUUGGUCUGAAGCCCCUACUCUCCUCCCCCCCAGGGAUGUCAGCCCAACUGGGAGCUCAGAAAGAAACAAAUAGAAAGAAAGGAAAACGGAUGUCGGGGAUUUAAAAAAAAAUAAAAAAAAGAAACCAUCAACCUCUGGGAACCUGUUAGAACGAGGGCACAACUGUAUUACCUCAAAGAUUUAAACAAAAAAACCACAGCAGCUAAAGAACUUUUAUUGUUUUCCUUUUUUUCUAAAAAAAAAACAAAAACAAAAAAGCCACAAAAAAAAAAGAAAAGAAAAAAAAAAAGACGAAGAAGAAAUAAAACUGACGCCGGUGAAGCUGAAGAAGGUUUGGAAGAACCUAUUGGAAUCACACUGGGCGAUUAGCAUUUAUUUUAUUAUUCUGAGCCACCAUGGAGUUUGGAACUUUGUUCUUUUUUCCUUAUCCGAGCAGGGAUUUGUUCAUCAGACGAAUCAGGAGUCACUAACAGGGUAUUUCAAAAGCAGUCCUGAGUUCCCAUCCGUGGGGGGAGUGUAUCAACUUCCGCGUUUCUGUAGUUCACUCUUCAUCCUUUUUUCCAAGUGAUGCCAGCUGCAGCUACAUGCAACACGCAAGCGCACGUGCACACACACACACACACACACACUUGUAACAUUGUGCUUUUCUUUUCUUAAAAAGUAUAUAUAUCACACCAAAACCUAAGAAAGACGAUCAUGCAAUACAGGCAAUGAGCCCAUAUGAAACCAACAUGCAUCCCAACAGAAAGCAAAAAAGAACCCCGAGUUUAUAUAUAUAAUUUUGUUGUCGUCGUUUUUAAACUGGACCAAAACUUUUGUUACCCAAAACCGAGUGGGGGGAAAAAAAAAAAAAGAAGAAAAAGUAUUUCUUUAUGGACCAAAACCUCUUCAGCUGUCCUUUACCUGGAUCUUCCUGAGGUUGGCCGCUUUUAUAUAUUAUAUUUUUUUCAGAACGAAACAAAAAAAAAAAAAAAAGAAUUGCCUUGUUGAACAUCCUUUAAUCAUUUCAAGACUCCUGGUUUUGUUAAAUCAGAUACUUUCUAAACCAUUGGGAACUGGGAGAGGACGGGCUUCGAAUCUGGCUUCUGUGCCAAUGCACACAAGAUGCAAGCCAGCAUCUUAACAUCAUCAGGUUUGUUCAACCAGUCUGUGGAUGCCAAAAUGCCGUGAUGGUAAAGAUGUGUGUUGGAUUAACCUAUCAAGUACCAGUAUACCUAUCUAUAAAUAUAUGUGUGUAUAUAUAUAUAUAUAUAUAGGCACUUAACUCAUCGAGCACCUAUAUAUAUAUAUGUAUAUAGAAAUUAUAUAUAGAGUUUUUCUCCCACCACCACCGCUUCCCCAUUUCCUGCCCCUCGACUUCUGCUCACAGAUCCUGGACCCUGAUUUAGAACUGAACCAGCAAGUUUCACAACUUGGCAGAGACAGUUCUACAGCAAAAAAGAAAAAUAAUAAUAAUAAUAAUGAUAAUACCAAUAAAAAUCGCCUGAGAUUUUUUUUCCCUUCAGUUACAGGAGACUUUAUUUUCAUCGUAAUAAUGUUCCUGGGAACAUCCCCUCUUCUGCUCGGUUUGCUGCCGCUUGCUGCCGGUGCCGGGGCAGGCUGCUCCGGUGCUCUGCAUCGAUAAAGGUCUGCUUUCAAUCUCCAGAUGCUGGGUGGAGGAGGGGGCGUGAAAUGAUGUACCUCCACCGUUCGUGCAUCGACGGUAAAAUAUGACGUAGGGGGCGAGAUGGAGGGGUGGACGCUGUUCCUAGGUUCUGUAAUGGAUGCUGAUGUUUCGGAAAAAAGAGAUAAAAAAAAAAAAAAAAAAAAAAAAAUAUUAAUGCUGUGCUAAAGGGACACUGUCAGGUCGAAUGUGUACUCGCCUCCUCCCCAAAGCUUUAAGAAACCUUCGGCUGCCUGGUUCUCCGUGCCCUGCGGCGCGCGUAGCCGCUGGUGCCCGGAGAGGGUCGGGACGCGAGCGUGUGCCCGGGGGAGGCUCAGCCUCGGCCCUGUGGCCAGCCACGUCCUUCCUAAACCAGCCUGGUUCUUGUUCAAAGUCUGGCUUUGGUCUGGUCCCAGUAGAAGAAGGGUAAGGGAGAGAGGGGGGGGGAGCAUUUCUGCGCGCCGGGCAGUAACCUCUCCGCGCCCCGCGCGCCACCGCCUCCGCUCGUCCGUGCCCCGGGGUUGCGUCGGAGCCGUUCUCCCCCCCAAAAAAUCCUCCCGAUGGUGGCAAGAGAGUGGUUGGGGGAAAAAAAGGGGGGGGCUCCAACCGCCAUUCUGGGAGGUAGGGGGGGGCGUUCGGAGAUGUUCGUGUCGGUACCGGAGGGGCUUGAGCUGGAAACGCAAUGGCAAAAGUGCUUCCCCGGCUGAGCCCCCCCCCCCGGGGCCGAUGUGUUAGUUGAGUGACUUUAGUCGUUCUUGGCUGAGUGAAGUCUGUUCGUGGUAAUGUGAGCAAGUUUUUGGUCAAUGUCUUUCUUUGAUGCCAGGUUGUGAAGAGGUUGGGGGGGAGCGGGGAGGGGGGAAGGAGACACCCGUGUGGGGGCCUGGGGCGGGGGGGACCUGUGCUAGCACUGACCCUAAGGGAUUUGGAGGGGGUUAAGGGGUAAAGGGAUAAAGGGGGGGCCCUCGUCGGCUCCUUUUAUCCCUUUCCCCUUCCCCUGGCAAGCGAAAAGCGAUGUAAAAGCCUCCUGCAUGCUGAAAAAUGUUAGAGAAAAAAAAAAAAAAAAAAAACUUUCUUUUUAGAAAACAAAAAAACAAAAAAAAGGAAAAAAAAAGUUGAAAAAAAAUACAAACAAACAAAAAAAAGGAAUGAAUUAAUGACCCAAACAAACAUCCAUGCUUGCUGAUCGGAACCGGGGGCCGGCUGCUGUCCGUCUGUCCAGGCAGUCUGCCCCUCUCUGCAGACGAGGUUCCUACUCAAGUCUCCAAGUUGGCCUUUAAUAAAAUCUUCAGUUCCAAUAACCUUUAUAUAUAUAUAUAUAUAUACAUAUAUAUAUACAUAUACAUAUAUAUUAAAAGAAAGCUUGAUGUAGCAGUUCUAGUUUAAAAUGAAUAGAAGUAUUUCGGCCCCCCCCUUUUAUUUUGAUUUCGCCUUUUUCCCUGCUUUUCCACCCUAUCCCCCCCUAUCCCCCCCCCCCCAAACCAACUCCGUAUUUUGAUGUAGCAACUUUGGAAGAAAAAAAACAGGCGCUGUAAACGCACCGAGAGCUACCUCUGGCCCAUGAGGGGCUACAGGGGGCUCGGGUGGGGGGGGGGGAACCGCGGCCCCGCCGCCCCCCCACAGCCCCUCGGGGGCACCCGGAGAGGCUCAGACCCGGGCCCUGUCCUAGGGGGAAGCCCGGUUGUGCGGGGCUUAAAACAACAAAUUUGCGUAACUUUUUUUUUUUUUUUUUCUCUCUUUUUAAAUAUAUGUAUAUAUAUAAAAAAAAAUCUUUAAAAAAAAAAAAAUAAAAACAAAAAACGAGAAAAAUGCCCAUGACCUUAACUAUUUGCUCUGACUUGUAUCUUCCUUGAUAGGUGACUAAAAAUAAUAAUAAUAAUAAUAAUAAUUAAAAAAAAAAAAAGGCUUGUUGGUCCAAUUCACCAGCAAUAACAUCCGCUAAAAGCAGAGCCCUCCAGAUGGGGGGGGGUCACGGUCCUGGCUUUGGGGGGCUCCCUCGUCCCCGCCGUGUCCCAUCCAGCCAGGGGGGGCCCAGCCACCCCCGGCUGUGUUUUUGGGGUGCAGGGCAGGGGGACGGAGAGCAGGGCGCCGAGCACCCGGGGGGGGCUCAGCAGGAUCAGGCCCGGGGGAGGCUGGUGGGCGCUUGCUGAAAUUGGGGGCUGUGCUGAAUACAGGGUUCGUCCGGCUUAAAUUUUCGGGCUUCCCGGGGUUGGGGACGCAGCCAGGGAGGGGACGGAGGCGUCCCAGCCGGGCUCUGCGAGGGGACGCCCCGAGGAGAGGCGAUGAGGCGGAGCUGGGGGGGGGUUGGAAGGUGAGAAAGGGAAGCGGAGGGAUGAGAUAAUAACCGUGCCGUGAUGUCAUCCUCAUCGACGUAAAUUAUGUAGAGAAUAGUGUGUAUUAUAAUGCAUAACAGAAAACGAAACAAAAAAAUAAAAAUAAAAAAAAAAAAAAGAGAGAGAGAGAGAACCAAAAUUGGAUUUAUAUUUAAUGAGGAGAUACUAUAAAAAUAUCUUGUCCUAGCUCCCAUUUGCAAAAGUAUUUUUCAGCUGGAGGGAUAUCUAUUAUUUUUUUCUCUUUUCUUUCUUUCUUAAAAAAAAAAAAAAA